AUGGCCGUUAUGUAUCCUCUUCCUUCAGCAUUUGUACAGUGGACGAACAAGUUCGUCGACCCGGCCGCAGGUCUAACACUUGGUUGGUGUUACUGGUUUCAGUACUGGAUAACUAUCGCGAAUGAGCUGGCGGGAUUGAACACUGUCCUAGGGUUUUGGACAGACAAGGUGCCGACCGCAGCGUGGAUCACCAUCUUUUUCCUCGUCAUUGUCGCAAUCAAUGUCGUCGCCGUCAACUGGUUCGCCGAGGUUGAAGUCGUUUUCGCGAGCAUCAAGUUCGGCUGGAUCUUCGUCGUUAUUAUAACCAUGAUAGUCAUCUCCGCGGGUGGGGCCCCCGUUGGAGGCCCCAUUGGAUUUCGGUACUGGAACACGACUGGCGGGUUUACAAACGGUUUCAAGGGCUUCUUGUCGAUCAUGCCCACGUGUAUUUUUGCAAUGUCUGGUUCCGAAAACUGUGGCCUCGUCGCAGCCGAGACAGGCAACCCCCGGAAAUCUGUUCCCAAGGCCGUCAGUUCUAUCUGGAUCCGUCUGGCGCUCUUCUACAUCCUCGGCUCGCUCAUGGUGACUAUCACUGUCAGCCCUGAUAAUCCGGAUCUCUUCGGUGGCGAAGGUACAAACGCCUCACCUUUUGUCGUAGCCUAUAAGGACUCCGGCUUAAUGCCCCUCGCACACAUCAUGAACUUCAUCAUCUUCAUAUCCGUGUUGUCGACCGGUAGUAUCUCAGGUUACGGCGGGUCUCGAACUUUGGUUGGCUUGGCUCAGAUUGGAAUGGCCCCAAAGCAAAUGCUCAAGGCCGACAAGACCGGUCGCCCCUGGUUCGCUCUGGUGCCAACGCUUGUCAUCGGAGGUGGCCUUGCUUACCUGAACGUCAGCCAGAGUGGUGCCGAGGUCUUCACCUGGUUCUCAAACCUGACUUCCCUCUUCACCCUUUUUGGAUGGGCAAUGAUAUGUUUGUCACAUAUCCGCAUGCGUCACGCCUGGAAAGUCCAGGGCCGCUCUGUUGAUGAACUCCCUUGGAAGACGUGGACGUUUCCCUGGGGGGCCUACUGGGGCCUCAUCUGGUGCAUACUUCUUAUUAUCGCCGAGUUCUACCUGAGCGUGUGGCCCUUGAGCGACCCAAUGAGUGCCAGGAAUUUCUUUGCCAACUAUAUCUCCAUUGUGGCCGGAGUUGUGAUAUGGCUAGUCACUCGUGCCUACUUCUACGCUACGAAGAGGCAGGGCUGGUGGGUCGACUCUCACACUGUCGACCUUGAUGAGGGCCGCAGGUUCUACUCUCGUGCGGCUGUAGAGGAUGCAGAGAAAGGCGGACUCACAAAGUCUGCGUUUGGGUGGAUUCAUCACAUCUGA